ACUAGACACGUCUCGUCAUCGUCGUCAUCGUCGUCGUCGUCGUUGUCGUCGUUGUCAUCAUUUCACCGUUCGCUGUCGCCGUCGCCGUCGUGGACCGUUCGUGGAAACAAGCGCCGGUAAAGUUGUGGUGUGUAGCGUGCCUCCACCGCACACCGCUUCGAACCUUCCAGACCGUGUUCCGGAGACCAGUGAAAACGGCGAACGACGCGAAACUAGGGAGGCAGCAGGGAGCACCCAUCCCCCAUCCGUGCAUUUGUCCUUCCUCGUCCUCGCGUCUAGCGUCUGUGGUGGCGAAGCGGGGAGUGGGAAAGGUCCAGCAGCGUGGACCAGUUCGGAAUUCGGAGUGUGAAGGUCACCGGCGGCGGCGGCUCGGUCGCUAGCGCGUGCGCACGAAAACACUGGAGCCCGGGUCCGGUUUAUGCGUGUACGCCGUUCGCUGGACCAACGCGGUCAGUCGUCUGUCACCGACGUCGUCGUCGUCGUCGACUCUGCCACAGCCACAACAACAACAACAGCCGUCGCUGCCACCAUCAAUCAACUGCUCCUGCGCGCAGGAGGGCAGGCUGGAAACGGCGCUACAUCUAGGCACCGCCAGCGCUGCCACUGUUGUCAGCACAGCCAUGGCACAGCCACCGCGCCCCACCGGAAUCUCGGUCGUCGUGCAGUGUAUUGCACUCUCCUUGCUGCUGCUGUUCCUGGUGCACAACGUGCUGUACUCACCGACGAACGCACAAUCGUUUGGCUCGCUGAAGCGGCACCGCGGCGAAUCGCAAACAACGUUAGCCAGCAGCAGCAGUACCACAUCACAGGAGGAGCUGAACGACAAGAUACAGACGAUCUACGAUCCCCACUAUCGGACACCGGCAACCGCCGGCAGCGGCGAGCAGAAGACGACAUCGGAAGAAGAGGAAGGGCAGCAACCGUCGGUAACGGCGCUGACGCCGCGUGCGAGCCAUCGGGCAAGGCAACCGGCCGGUAACACGCAACCUCCCACCGGCACCAGCCUGCUCACGGUCUAUCGCGGCAAAAAUGGCGAGCUGGUACCCGUGUUCGGGCCGACAACACCGAGCGGAACUUCCGCCAACCAGCAGCAGCAGCAGCAGCAACCGCUUGUCCGGCAACCGGUCAGCAGCAGAAAGAAGAUCAACGUGCUCAACAUUUCGGUGACGUCGAACUCGAGCAGCGGUACGCCGCUGUACGACUUCGGUACCGACUCGUACCCGACCGACUACCCGUUCCAGCAGAUCCAGGAAAUACUGGAGAAGAAGCGCGGCAUGUACCGGGAGGUGUUCGACAGCACGAUACAGCAGGAGAAGCUGGUCACCCGCAUCGACUCACCGUCCGAUGGGUACCUGUGUAGCUCGCACGUCGCCCACAAGUACCCGACCUACCACCGGGAGUCGAACUCGUACAUCGUGAACGUGCAGGACUUCUACCAGGGUGUCACCUUCGACGAGUGCGACGAGGUUGGUGCACUGUGCAGCAAGACGUGCGACUCGAUCAGCAGCCGGUACGAGUGCGAGCAAAUUUACGGCCAGAUGGAGGUGCUGACGGUGCCACGCGACGCCACCGGCUGGACGUUCAAGCGCCAGACGCUCUCCUUUCCCUCCAGCUGCAAGUGCAAACACAUCGAUCUGCUGGCGAACGAUUAGUUAGCCCCCCCACCCCCUCAAAGUUCCAAAAGCACAGUGAACCCCGUCCUACCACCUACUGGAGCGAGGGAAACCGAGAGCGCCGCCGCCGCCGCCGAGUUUCACUCCCCCAUCUCUGUCCAUUCCAGAACGCGAGGCCGCUGUCGAUCAAGCCAUCAACACUAGCUGUGGUACUCAAGCAUAAAUCUAGUUCUUUUAUUAUUUUUUUUUUUACUUUUUUGUUUUUGUUUAAGAAGCGCGUAAGCUGUCGACGGAGGGAGAGAGAAACAGAGAGAGAGAGACAGAGAGAGAGAGAGAGAGAGAGAGAGAGGUAGGGAGAGAGGUAGGGAAAGAGAAGCCUCUAGCUCUUAUCGUUUUGUUUUUACCGAAUAAGCAUCGUCCGGAGUCGAUUUGUUUGUUGAGUUGUCGCUAGCGGCGACCCUGGCGCGAGCAACAAAGAGGUUUUGACAUAGCCGCGUCUAGAAUGCUGUGUUGCUGGUGCAGAGAAGAAGCAGAAGAAGCAAAAUAAGCGAAGUAAAGUAAGCGAAGGAAGCCCAAAACCGCCCCUCGAGUGUGUCGAAGAUGCAGAUAGUGUGCUGUAACUGUGAACGCCACCGCCAUCUCCAAUCCGAACCAGUAGUAGCUCUAGGUGAUGAACCAAAAAUAAACGGAAACCGAAUCUUGUCGAAUCGCAGAAACAACAAUAACGAUAGGUGUGUAACGUAACGACCGACGUAACGGUGUAACGGGGGAAAAACCGCA